UCAUUGAAACUGACAUAAAAAUGAUUGCUGCUAGGUAUUUUAUUUUUAAAUUCGUAAAAUUCGAUAGCUUUAAAAGUACGAAAUGUAUUCGUCGAUACUGCCAAGGGAAAUGUCCCGAAGAAGGAAAUCCGCCUUGUAUACCAUUCAAUCCGUGUGUACCUGCGUACCCCGUCAACUUCUGCAGGCCGAGAACAAAAUACGACGUUACCUUUGCCUAUAUCAAUGAUGUGCCGCCGAAAUCCGGAGGCAGGGAUAUAGUAGACCGCGCUGCACAAACUGUUUUUUGGACAGAACUUGUAAGAGGUUUCGCUGUUACAUUGGCCCAUAUAUUUAAAGAGCCUGCAACAAUUAACUAUCCUUUCGAGAAAGGUCCGAUAUCACCACGUUACCGCGGUGAGCAUGCAUUGAGAAGAUAUCCUUCAGGUGAAGAAAGAUGCAUUGCAUGCAAGCUAUGUGAAGCAGUUUGUCCAGCACAAGCUAUUACUAUUGACGCGGAAGAACGCGCUGACGGUUCCCGUAGAGCAAUACGAUACGAUAUCGAUCUAACUAAAUGUAUCUUCUGUGGUUAUUGUCAAGAAGCAUGUCCCGUUGACGCUAUCGUCGAAGGACCAAAUUUUGAAUAUUCUACCGAAACGCACGAAGAAUUGAUUUACAACAAAGAAAAGUUGUUGGGUAACGGAGAUCGAUGGGAACCUGAAAUAGCGAGUAGUAUUAGAGAUACCCAUCUCUAUCGCUAAAACGUUAGUUUCGACAUUUUUUACGUCUAUGUUUAGACUUUAUUACAAUUUUCAUUUCUACGAUUUUUUAUCAAUCUCUUCUCACUGUCAUUACAAAACAAAUUUUAAAGAGUCGAUGAUACAUAAUUAUGACAAACAUAUUUAGUAACGAUUAGGUUCGAAAUUCAAGAUAUUUUCGAUAAUUUUUGAAAACAGAAGCGAAUAUCGUUUCCAAUGCAAUAAAAAGAUCGUUUUAAUUUCUCGUUACCAACAAAAGUGGUAGCGCUUGAAGAAUUUAUUAUUUAAACAUCAAUGCCCUAUGGGAACGUAAUUCCAUCAAAAUUUCGAGAGGAAAAUUUUAAAGCGGGAGUACUUAUUGGGCGACCUUAAGAGUUCAUAAAUCAUUUAUGUAAAUUAACCUUACAAAUAUAGUUAAUAAUAUAACCAAUAAUAAAGAACAUAUUUUGUUACUUAAAUUUUAAUUCAAGAUUUCCAAAUUAAACCAACCAUAACGCAAAAAAUAAUCUAUUGAGAAUCACCUCCAUUUCGAAGUCGGUUAAAAAUACAAAGAGUAUAAAGCCGUCUGAUAUCUGUCAAAGAUUGUAAAGAUGCAACGUUUACUUUAUGCCUAACACCUAUUGUUAAGCUUAAUAAUGGAAUGUGUUUACGACAAAACCAUGUGGGUAUGGUUUGAGAAAUUUCCAAACUCCCUGGCAAUGAUUGAAUUAACCCUGGCUGGCAUAUGCUUAAGUCCUUUAGACUUUGAAAAAAGAUAGCGAGUCGAUAUUAAAAAGAAAAAAAUGAUAUAAAAUUUGGAUAUUUGAAACGCAUUGUAAACCUGAAAAUGUUUUUUGAUCUGAUAGUAAUUCAUACCAAUAUAUCAACUUGAUAUUCGAGUCCGAGACCUUCUUUGCACUUUACAUAACCUCUAAAGUACAAGACAAUCUGAAUUGUAUACAAUAAAAUAAAAUGAACGAUGGA